AUGCCACGUAAGCUACGUAAGAAUAUACGUAAGAGGAAGGGAGCAUUGAAACAUCCAAUAGUAAAACUGACACCACAACAACAGUUGCAACAACAAAUGAUGAAUGACCCCACUAUGUUGCAACAAAUGUCAAGCAACCCUAUGCUUUUAAACCGAGUUAUUGGUGCACAGAGUGGAGGUUUAAGAGCGGCACUUUUAGCGAAAAUGGCAGGCUAUGGUGGAGCUGCAGACGGAACAGCUUAUAACCCUCAAAGUCAAAUGAAUUUGAGUUCACUCAAAAAUCAAAUAACAGAUGUCAAAAAGUCAAACAUAGACAUACAGAAACAAAUAAGUGAAAACGAAAAGAAACUAGAAUAUGACAGACA